AUGAUACACUGUCUGUUCCUGACAUUUACGGCCGUCCUUACGGUAGCCAUGCGCGGAGAAAUGCCGCCGGGCAUGGCCGGGUUCCUUAUCUCCUACGUUCUCGCCGUCCCAGACGUCCUGUCCUGGCUAUUGAAAAUGAGUGCUCAAAUGGAGAGCAGUGGCGUGGCUAUCGAGCGAGUCAAGGAGUACAUGGAGGUUCGUCUUAAAUCGCUGAAAUAG